AUGGCUAAAUCACUCCAACGCACACCUCAUCUGAAGCCCGUGACCGUCAACCUCUUCUGUACUCAUUGCGACAGCCAGCUUGGUGUUUUCGAGAAUGAGUGGACUCGACUAACGUCCUCGUACAUGCGACCAGCGCGCGUCGGUCAACAUCGUGCCACUGAAAUUGGUCAGAAAACUCAAGUGGUUCCAAAUGGAGCGGUUCAACAAGCCGCCGAAGGCUGCACAAUGGCAGAGGUUUUUUGCAAGAAAUGUUCAACCCCAGUAGCACAGUAUUGUAAAGCUGCCCCAAAGCCGGAGCAGGCGCAAUUGGUCCGUCAAUAUUUCUACAAGUUAUCGAGAACCUACCUCCGAAGAAGCGACAAUGACCUGCGGACAGAUCCGGUCUUCAGCUCGUUGGGAGAGCCACCGCAUGGAAGUGGUAGCUUCAGUGUGCCUCCGCGACCAAAAUCGCUUUCCGGUCUCAGAUCGUCACAAGCUCCCUUGCGAAAUUCAUUUACACCGUCGCGCACAUUGCUGUCCUCACAGACCCCGCUACGCAGCCGAGAAUCCUCGAUAUUUGCCAAUCUGUCUUUCACAGAGCCUGAACAGCCACUUGAUAUAAAAGUUGCCGCGCUAAGUGAGAGGCUUAGGCAUCAGGAGGAAAAGAUCGCAGCCAGCGAUCAACGCAAUAAAACGCGCGAUGCUCAGAUUCAGGCUCUUGCCGAAGAGCUGGCUAGUUUUCGCGGGGACUUGGACGAUCUGCAAAUUACAGCUGGUGAUUUACAAGCGCAGUUACUGACAAAAUUGGCUGAAGGGCCAGAUCAAACCAGCUUUGACAGCAAUCUGAAGCAGAUGUGCACUUUCACAAAUAAUGUGUUCUCGUUUUCGAGCGAGUUGGAAAACUUAAGGACUGAAAAUGCAGCAUUAAAAGCGAAGCUUGGUGUCAUCAAAUCCCCUCCGAGAGCAAUAAUAGCAGAAACAGAAAGCCUCAACGCCCUCGGCAAAAGGAAACGUAACAAUGACUUCGCACGACCUGGCCAUUCGCAAUCCAAUGACAUUCACACCAGUCGACCUCCAGCCUGUAACCAAGACCUGGCAUCUUCGAGGCCUAUAUUGACACCACAGUCGAGCAUCAUUUCGACACAUAGCAGCCAAGUAUCCGAGCAAGAGUAUACUGGCGCUGCGUUGGAUGACACAGCCAUGGAUACAGAAUUCAACAACCAGAUGACUUACGAUGAUGACGAGGGCAAUAUGAUUGACUAUGAGUCACAAGAUAUCUCUGACGUCUUGCUCUCAAACCCAAAACCAACAACUCAGGACCCUGGGGAACCUCCAUUGCCUGCAGAGGGCAACCCAGCCGCGGAAGAUGGGUCGAUUAUUGGUCAGGGUCUGCAGCGUUCUGAAGGUACAGGACUGUCCCACGCUGGCUACAUUGAGUUCAGUGACGACGAAUUCGCAGAUCCACCAUCUGGUGCGCCCGUCACAAGCAGUCGAAUUAGUCUAGGUGCCAACGACACGACAGCGGACACUCAACCGCCAGAACCGGCAGGAACAAAUGCCAACAUGGAGAGUGCUCUUGGGGAUGAAGAAGACUCGGCUGCUCUCAACCCAGAGACCGAGAGCGUAUUUAAGAGACCUCGAAGGACAAUGAGGAGCAACUCGAGGAGAUUAACUGACUACGAACUUGAACAUAAUGUUCGUAGUUUAGCUCCUGAACCUGCCACCCGACGCCGGACUCUUCCACGGAAACUUGACCUUGGCGGCAUGGAAAACGUGCGUAUCGCUACACCUGUUUCUCUCGCAGACGUGAUGAAUGGUGUCAAAAAGCCUCGCCCUGACCGGAUUAUGCAGAGUACGGAGAAAAUCUUGAACAACGAACUGAUGGAACUUGGACUCGGACAUUGGAUAGGGCUUAGAGAUAAGUCCAGCAAUCCUGAAUACAAGGCGGCCGUAGACGAAGCCAGAGUCCGGCAAAGGGAGAAAAAAAGACUCGAGAUUCUUGCCAGAGUCGGGAUAACUCUUGCACCGGACUCUCAGCAGCCACUGCAUUCAAGCGUCUUUGUGGAUCCCGAACUGACUCAACUACCUAGCCCUUCUCUAGAUGCCAAAGACCAUUCACAGGCCAGCCCUACCGAGGAUAGUAUUCUUGGUGAAUGGGAUCGAAAUGACGCUACAGUGUCUGGGGAGACAGUCGCUCAAAUACAGCAGGUACCAACUACUGAAGCGACUAUACCUCCGGAGACACUUACGACCAUACAGACCCCUCCUGUUGCGAGGACCUCGAGGGCAAGGAAAAGUGACACAAUUGAAACGCCUGCUGAAGAUGAUGAUAUGGGUAUGAAGACACGGAGAAAGCAACGUAGACAAGAAGAGAUCCGAAGAAGAGAUCAACUGGCCCAAGAAGCGUUAGCCAUGGAUUGA